AAAGUCUGUUGGAAUAAGCUUCACAUGCGACGGCAUCCACAGACUUUUUGUUUGACAGUUGAGAUCUACUCACCAUGGAUGGAUAACCUGAGGAUGGAGUGCUCUGCUGAGGGUGCCAGGACUUUGUGAGGGAAGCUGUCAAGAGCUGAACAAGUGGUUCCACGUGUCAUCAUGAGCGCCUGGGUGGUGAACAGAAAAGGGGAGCCGCAGUACUGCCGCCAUUUUCUGACCAAUAACAGCGUCUCGCAAGUGGAGCGAUGCAUGAGUGUGAUGCAGUCCGGGACACAGAUGGUGAAGCUGAAGGCGGCAUCCAAAGGGCUUGUGAGGCUCUUUUACCUGGAUGAGCAUCGCUCCUGCAUCCGCUGGAAGCCGUCACGCAAGAGCGAGAAAGCCAAAAUCACCAUCGACUCGCUGUACAAAGUGACAGAGGGCGUUCAGUCGGACAUCUUUCACCGGCAUCCCGAGGGCAGCUUGGACCCGGCGUGCUGCUUCACCGUCUACCAUGGCAACCACAUGGAGUCACUGGACCUGGUCACGUCCAACCCGGACGAAGCUCGGACUUGGGUCACGGGCCUCCGUUACCUGAUGGCCGGCAUCAGUGACGAGGACUCUCUCGCCAAACGGCAGCGCACCCACGACCAGUGGAUGAAGCAGACGUUUGAGGAAGCCGACAAGAACGGUGACGGCCUGCUGAACAUCGACGAGAUCUACCAACUCCUCCACAAGCUCAACGUCAAUCUCCCGAGGAGGAAAGUCAAGCAAAUGUUCCAGGAAGCAGACACAGACGAUCAGCAGGGUACGCUUACGUACGACGAGUUUGCCGUUUUCUACAGGAUGAUGUCCAUGCGACGGGACCUCUUCCUGCUCAUGAUGGCCUACAGCGACAGGAAGGACCACCUGACGGCCGACGAGCUGGCCAACAUGUUGCGCUCUGAGCAGAAGAUGGUAAACGUGACUCCGGAGUACGUGGCAGAAAUUAUUGACAAGUUUGAAAUAUCAGAUGAGAACAAACAAAACAGUGUCAUGGGGAUUGAAGGUUUCACGAGCUUCAUGCGCAGUCCGACGUGCGACAUUUUCAACCCGCUGCACAACGAGGUGAACCAGGACAUGGACCAGCCUCUGUGCAACUAUUUCAUCGCCUCCUCUCACAACACGUAUCUGACCGGGGACCAGUUGCUGUCGCAUUCCAAGACCGACAUGUACGCCUGGGUUCUCCAAUCCGGCUGUCGCUGCGUGGAAGUGGACUGUUGGGACGGUCCAGAUGGUGAGCCGAUGGUCCAGCACGGCUACACGCUGACUUCCAAGAUCACCUUCAAGUCCGUCAUCGAAACCAUCAACAAAUACGCCUUCGUCAAUAACCAGUACCCGGUGCUUUUGUCCAUUGAGAACCACUGCAGCAUCCAGCAGCAGAAGAAGAUCGCUCAGUAUUUGAGGGAAGUGUUUGGUGACAAGCUGGACGUCGGGCAUGUGCUCACUAGAGAGUCCAAGACGUUACCUAGCCCUCAGAGUCUGCAAGGCAAGAUUCUUAUUAAAGGCAAGCGCCUGCCCGCAUAUCUGUCCGCCGACGCCGAGGAAGGCGAGGUGUCCGAUGACGACAGCGCCGACGAAAUUGAGGAUGACUUCAAGCUAAAGAACAGCAACGGGAACGGUCAGCAUCAUCAAGUGGAGUCUCACAUCAGGAAGAAGCUGGACUCCCUCCUGAAGGAGUCUCGUAUCGGCGACAAGGAAGACACCGACAGCUUCAGUAUCGGAGCUCUGCUGAGGGCCACGCACCAGGGCCUUCAGAAGAACCUCCGUCAGAGCUCCAGAGGGGUUCUGAAAAAAUCUCAAAGCCGAUCCUUCAUCACCACACUCAAACAGAAGAGGCACUCCAAAUCACGGCUGACGUGUCAAAGUGGGGAGAAGGAGGAGGACGAGCAGGAGACGUCCACAAGGGACAAUGGAGGACAGUUUAACAGGGGAGGACGGAAGAGGAAGACCAUGAAGCUGAGUCGGGAUCUAUCCAACUUGGUGGUGUUCACCAACUCUGUGGCCUCGCACGAGUGUCUCAAUGAAGGUACGCCCGGUGACGUCCUGUCAUUCAGCGAGACCAGAGCCCAAUCGCUGGUCAAUCACCGAGCCGAGCACUUCCUGGCUUUCAAUCAGAGGCAGCUGUCGCGGAUCUAUCCCUCGGCUUACCGCAUCGACUCGUCCAAUUUUAAUCCCCAGUUCUACUGGAACGUCGGCUGUCAACUGGUGGCGCUUAACUACCAGACGGAAGGCCGAAUGAUGCAGCUCAACAGGUCAAAGUUCAUGGUCAACGGAGGUAGCGGCUACGUCCUGAAGCCGCCGCCCAUGUGCAAAGGCACUUUCAACCCAUUCAACGAUGACCCACUUCCGGCAUGCCCCAAGAAGCAGCUCGUUCUUAAGGUCAUUAGCGGACAGCAUUUGCCCAAACCGCCGGAUUCCAUGCUAGGGGACCGAGGAGAGAUCAUUGAUCCAUUUGUGGAAGUGGAGAUUAUCGGUCUGCCCAUCGACUGCUGCAAGGAGCAAACACGCGUUGUUGAUGACAAUGGUUUCAACCCUGUGUGGGAGGAGACGCUGUCCUUCACGCUGCACAUGGCCGAGGUGGCCUUGGUGCGCUUCCUGGUGUGGGAUCACGACCCAAUCGGUCGAGACUUCAUCGGCCAGCGGACGGUUGCCUUCAGCAGCCUCAUGCCCGGUUACAGACACGUCUACCUAGAGGGCCUGACCGAGGCGUCCAUCUUUGUGCAUGUGUCGGUGCACGACGUCUACGGCAAAUGGAGUCCUCUAGUCCUGAAUCCAAGCUUUACCAUAAUGCACUUUCUAGGAUCCAGCAAGGGAAAUCAACUUCGAGGCAUCCGCGGUUUGUUCCACCGUUCUUCCAAGUCCUCGGUGGAUACGACCUCGGCAGGUCUUCGGAAGCGCUCCAUCAGCGACCACCUGCUUCGUCGCACGGCCAGCGCCCCCGCCAAGGGGCGCAAGAAAACCAAGAUGUCGCUUUCCGAGUCGACGGCCUGCAUGUCUGAGCAAAAGAACGGCGUCGAGGCACUCGCGGAGGAACCGGGGCCGGAAAAGAAGCCCCAGGCCCGGCCCCUCCUCACCCACAGACCCAUUUCUAUGCCCUUAGACAGGCUUCUGCAGGGACAGCUAACUCUGUGCUCCGCAGACAAAGAGCAUGACGGUGCAAACGCCGUCAUUGGAACUUAUUCCUUUGACAGAGCCAGGUCUUCCUCUGUGGAUCUUCUCAUGAAAUCAUCCACUUCCAUCCAAUCCCCCUCAAAGAUGAAGAACAAAAAUCCCAAUAAACCACGGGAGGCCUCUUACCUGGUUGUCGGUGACGAUAACAUUCGAAAUGAGGACGACUAUGUCAAUUACCAAGCAAGUAAUAAUCGAGUCAACCAAUCGAAGAUUCACUCAGCACCUUCCACCAACAAACAGUGUCGAUCAGAUAAACUAGAAACUUCUUCAAUCAGCACGGCGUUCACUGUUGCACCUUCAGUGUCCUCUUCCUCCGCCCCUUCUUCCGUCACCCCGCUUCCCUCUAUCAACAUGGACCAUGAUCUGAAAAGUUCUAGCUCUCUCCAUGACAGCACCAUCUCCAGACUCAUUGAUGCUAUGUCCUUAGGCAACGAGCAAGACUCACGAGGCUCCAUAUCAGCUUUGAUUGGUCAAUUCGAAAGCACUGCGGACCAAAACGAGAACCAAAGAACUUCCCAAAUCUGCACUCUAAGAACGACCCUUUCCCCGUCCACCGUUCACCUGGCAGACUCAACCGGACCUGCUCUUUUCUCCAGUCCAGAAACCGCUGAACUUGAAGAGGUCUAUACCAUUCUCGAUGAGGAGAUGCUAUCAUCGCCCCCUUUAUCGGCGUACAACCAGAAAAAUCAGUCAGUCCACGAUCAGGCAAAUACUCUGAACGGCCUAUCGUCAAGCAGCUUGGCUUCUUCUCCAGUAAAAGGGGCUCAAGGUUUAGGGAACCAGCGCAACAAGUGUUGGGGCGAAAGGAAUGGAGAUUCAGAGGAGGUAGAAGAAAGUGUGUAUGAGGAAGUGUUUGACCCACCAGCACCGAUAACAGAACAACAGAGGAGUUCUACUCAACGAUACAUGCGUCCACCUUUGAUCAAUUCUUUUCAGCUGUCCCAUGACCAUGUCAGCAAUGGGUUUGCAGAGGUAGAGGUAAAUGUCGAUGAGGAUCCAAAGGAGGUGAGCGUAACCUCACCGAGACGAGUAUGGGAAUCCCUCGGUAGUCCCUCAAAACAGAGUGCUAUUUACCAAAACGAGUCCACUCCAAAAUACUCCCAACAAAGACUUCCUCUGCCAUUUUGUGAGCCUCGGCAAUACCCAACGUUUUCAACACCACGUCCUUCCUCGUACAGUAAACCUUUGUAUCAACUACCGCAUCAACAAUCCGGUGUUCAGUUUUCUCCGAUGCGUAGACCCGUAGACUCUAAAUUUUCCAAACCACGACCGCUAAGCCACAACGGCUACCCGAGUCCUCAAAGCAAUCCUUUUCAUUAUAGUCGAGAGUUUACACAACAGAGAAGCUUCAACAACAGCCCGGUCCCAAACGGUUUUCUCCAAGGCAGCCAGAUCCCCAGCAAUUUUCACAAGGGAAGACAAGGAUAUCAAGUCAGGGAGCAGGAAAGAUGCUUGCAAAAUGGAUUCUCCUCUUCGGAAAAUCUUCACUCUGUGCCGUCAGGAAUUAGCUUCAGUGAUCGAGGCCUUUACUCAAUGCCUUCUGAUUUUGAUACGGUGUACAGUCACACGGACUCUGGUGACUUGUCAGAGUCCGCACCCCCUUCAGUCUCGCAACUAAGUGAAAUCCAAGCGUCCACUCCAAAGCUUUCUUGCAAUCAAAAGGUAACCAUGUCCCAGGUACAUUCCGACAACAAAGCUCCAAAGAUUUCAACUCCACGCUCUUUAUUGACCGGUCCCCGGUCGAUUAGCGUGGAUUCCACGGUCAGCACUCCGUGUAAGUCCAAAUCUCUUGGGGAUCUGACAUCUGAGGACAUAUCAUGUAAUUUUCAGAGCAAAUACCACAUCAUAAGUCGCAGUUUCAUCACGCCACACAUGAGGAGACAAAAGAGAAUGGGAACCAUGGGGGGUGGUACUUUCCAGUCACAGUCUUGUGACCCGCUGACAGAACAGUUGCGCAAACUGGUCAAUCUUGAGAUUGAAGUUAGUGAAAGAGACAUGUGUCAGUCUCCUCGGCGCGAUGACGAAUUAGAACCCUCGCCGGCAACGAGCACAGACCCCUCUACUUCCCGAGAUAUUGACGACUCCCCUCCACCACUCACGCGUCGCUUAUCGUCCCGUAGCCAAAGCCGAGUGCGCCACAUCAACAGCCGCGCUCGCGAAAGACAGCAGGAGGCACUGACGCCACGGUCAAGGGGAAUGGUCAACGGCACCGCCGCUGUAGGCGGGGUUGUUUUGCGGAAUAAACCAGCCUCACAGAAUUCACCCGUGAACAGACACUCCACUGGCUCUUACAUCGCAGGUUAUUUAGGCCAGCUGGAGGACAGAGGACUUCCCGAGGGCGCUUGUACAGCGUCACGUUACGGAAAUGGCGAUCAACAUUCAGAUCGCUACUGUACCGAUGACUCACUUCCUCCUUCAGACUCCUCCCACUUCUCAUCAGAGCCAGAAGUCUACUUCCUGCUUAGACUUUAGCUUUGACCUAACAUUUUUUUUUGUAAUCCGCAAUACGGAAGCUUUUCCCUGAAGCUGGACAUGGUCUGUACCAUUUUACUAGUGUUUUGUUUACAUUCUAAUUCUGUACGAGCUAAUCACCUGUGACUGAAAAAGACACCGGUAACCAGUGAUGUACUACAGCUAGACCUGGGCCGUGUGCGCGGUUGCUGUUCCACUCAAGUUCCAUAGGUGUCAAGAGUACAAUGACAGAAAAGGGCUCAGAGUUUGGGGAAGCUAGUCAUAACUUCAAAUGUGUGAGAACACCGUCGCAGCUGACAGGGUUUAUAAUUUGAACGUUGUGUUUACCCCGCAAGAAAACACGGAAAAUCAAUUUGAUAUUAGCUUUCAUAUUAAUUGGUUUUACAAAAAUCUCGUCCGAAUAGUCUGGUCAAGAAACAAAAGUUAAGCAAUAUACCUGUCCUAUACGUAAAAUAAUGUUAGCUUGUUAACCAAAAUGCUAACAUCAUGCUACAACUACAUCUUGAUUUGUUUCGCAUGAUUUAUUUGUAUGUUGGACAUCACCUUCAAAGGCUGAAGUCAACUUGCACACUAUUUUCAGAUUCAAAAUGACGCCAUACAAACUGCAUUGUUACAGCAUGAAAUUCACGUAUGAAAUGUUAACGGUUUUGCUCGUCAAAAGUUGUUCAGUCUGGCGGUGUGUUGUCGAUAUUCUACUUUAUGUCCAAAUAAGACAGACGUGUUAUCGUUGUCCCAGUGUUGUCAAAAUCGAGACACCGACGCUCGAAAAAAGAUUCGACUGUGAAGCAAAGUGUUAAUUUGUCGUGAAGGUCACCACCAUGGAAGUCUUCCUUCUCGUUCACGUGUAAAUAAUUCCGCUGUUGUCUUUAAUCUUUGAAUGGUCUUUGAAUUCUGACUGUACGUUUAUGCAUGUUACCUACACGUGAACAUGUCGCGCAUGACUAUGCACCCGUUUACACGAAAAAAAAAUUGUUGCAGCGCUCGACAACUUUUGCACAGGAUGGACGAAUAGUCCCACCGGGGAGGACGAAGACUCACAACUGGGUUACAAUCUAGCGUAUCAACUUCUCUGCUUUUGGGCUCGUUGCCUUCUAUGGUCUGCAAACAAAAAAAGAUUUGGAACUUUUAUUUUUUUAAUUGCUUUGAUACAGAAUAACAAACUCUUGACAAUUCUGGUGAUUUUUAUUUUGUACAACUUGUAACGGAAUGCAAAUAAGUGUACAGCACUGAGGUCAAAGAAGUGAACGGAGCGAUGUUGUAACUAUUAUUUUUUAUUGUUCCGGUGUGAAAAUGGUCUUUUUCUUUGUAUUGUUGCU